AUGGUUACUAAACCCAGGCCUACGCGGGCUGAAUCUUCUGAUAUUGCUAAUGCAGUUCUAGAUGGUGCUGACGGUCUUGUUCUUACAAUGGAGACUUCGUGGGGCCGGUUUCCGUUGGAGUCCGUCAGUGUAGUUGAUCAUAUUUGCCGCGAGGCCGAGCGCGCAAUCUUUCACUACGAAACUCGAGAACAGCUCAAACAAUGCCGUCUUCUUCGAGGUAAAGCGUGUGGAGACAUUCGUGCAGUGACCGGUGGUUCUGCUGUUGAAGCCGCAGCCAGUUGCGGUGCAUCAGCAAUUUUCGUUGUUACUACAACCGGCGCAUCAGCCAUGUUUAUUGCGAUGUCUCGACCGCCGUGUUCCGUCGUCGCGGUUACUAUUGAUGCCUCUGUAGCUCGGCAUUGUUACGCCUACCGGGGCCUUCAUCCAUUCGUUUAUACUGGAACUUGUGAUGAAGACUGGGCGGUGGACAUUGAUAAUCGCAUCAACGCGGCCAUCGCACACGCACGCUGUACCGGUCUCGUGAAAGGUGGUGAUCGUAUUGUCGUGGUAACCGGCUCCGAUGCAACAAGCAGAAGUACCAACACCAUGCAGAUCUUUACACUGGAAGAGGAGCACUCUAAACUGCGCAUCAUAGGAUCUUCAAACGAAUUGACGACCACAGAAGCACGUCAAAGAUUAGCUGAACUCAGGAUAGCCCAACAGGGCGACACUUUCGGCGAAACAGGUUUUGACCAGAUGAGGCAGAUCCGUUACUCUCAGUCAAGACAACCUCGUUUCUCUGUCAUGCUGGGAAGUGGGAAAAAUGUAUUUGGUGGAGUCAAUGACAUACGUGUGCCCCUUUAG